UAUGAAAAAUAGUUUCUCACUUGCACGAAGAAUCAAACCGGGUUGGCCCCUUACUAACGACGAUGUCAACCGUCCCUUUGUCGAAGGUACUCCUUCCGGAUUGCAUGGCCUUUACAUGCUUUCACUUGUUUGGAGAACUGACGACGCAUAUGUGUGGAUCGUUCGUGACUACCAAACGCUCUUAUUGUAUUGA